UCUAUAUUAUGUCUAUAUUGCAUAGACAUAUUAUAAUAGAAUAGGAUUUAUUCUAUUAUAUGUCUAUGCUAUAUUGUUCUCUACAUCGUAUGCUGGUAUACUACAGACAGGUAGUACAGAGUAUUAUAAAUAUUAUAAUUGUUGCCCUCUGUAGUUUCUUACUUAAUAGUUGUUAAUUCGUAUUUCGUAUUUGUUGGUUGUUACUUGUUUGAAAGGUUUUUAGAUUUUAAACUUUCACACUUUAAUGUAUAAUCUAAAUACCUCGAGUCGCUUGUACAUACUCAGAAGCAGUUGAAUUUUUAAAAAAAAUGUUCGUGCGUCAUAUUACGUGUUCAUGAUCACACAUCGAUUGCUAGUAAUAUUUUCAUCAUUGAACAUCAUUUUUUCUUACGUGUUAUAGUAAACGUGGACGAUUCAUCGUUUUAUCGUUGGUCAUUUUUAAAUGUUUUAAGUGACUAUUUUGAGUUUUCGGCCACUUACGCGGAAAGCACACUACCGUACGUUUGGAACGGGGUUACGUCGUAGGAUAACGAGAAAAUGUUCAAACUACCAAGCCUAUUGAAAACUGCGUACUACGCUUGCAACGAGAUCGAGCGUAACAAGUACGACUUGAUGGAAACACCGGACGUCGAUAUGCGAUAUUGUUGCGAGUUGCUGUUCGAAGUAUUAAAAAUCGAGGCAACGAUUGGCAACGAUAGGCACACCAUGUUCAGCCGGUUGCAGUCCGCCAACAAUGACAAGAAGAUUAAAAACAUAAUAUGCGAGGAGGCAGCGUUGCACGGACACAUCGAUUGCCUGAAACUCGCUCACGAGAUCGGUGUACCAUGGGACGAGUUGACGUGUUCCAACGCUGCGUUGAUCGGUUGCAUGGACUGCCUGGUCUACGCACGGGAACACGGUUGCCCGUGGGACGAGUCAACGUGUAGCAACGCCGCGUCGGGUGGACAUUUCGAUUGUUUGUUAUAUGCCCGGCAGAAUGGGUGCCCGUGGGACCAGGGGACAUGCCGCCUCGCUGCAUUGAACGGUCACAUGGAUAUCCUAGUAUACGCUCGGGAAAACGGGUGCCCGUGGGACGUGCACACGUGCAGCAGCGCUGCGUUGAAUGGUCACAUAGAGUGCAUGACUUACGCACGGGAAAACGGGUGUCCUUGGGACGAGUGGACGUGUACCAACGCUGCGUUCAACGGUCACUUGCACUGCCUAAUUUACGCACGAAAUAAUGGGUGCCCCUGGGACAAGUGGACGUGCAGCAGGGCGGCGUUAAACGGUCACAAGGACUGUUUGGUGUAUGCGCGGGAAAAUGGUUGCCCUUCGGACGAGUGGACGUGCAGGAAUGCCGCGGCGCGUGGUAACUUGGACUGCCUGAUCUACGCUCACGAAAAUGGGUGUCCGUGGGAUGCAGGUACGUGUAGUGCUGCAGCAGUCGGUGGACACUUUGAAUGUCUGGUGUAUGCCCAUGUAGCAGGGUGCAAGUGGAACAGUGAAACUUUCAUCAAUGCUUCGGUGUUCAACCAUACAAAAUGCCUUAAAUACGCCCGUGUAAAUGGAUGCCCCCGAGGCAAUUCCCCUACCUACACUAAGUGUCGCCGAAGUUCAUGGCCCGACCUCUUUUUUGAAAAAUUUGAACGGUACAGUCGCACAACUUUCAGGAGUGUAGAGCGUGCUAUUCACAGGGGACCCCGGUUUCGGAGAUCUCAUACACGAUAUUACAACUAUAAUCUGUAAUGUACACAUAUCAUAUUAUUUUUUUUAAUACAUUAACAAUAAAUGUUACUUAUUGGUUAUCGCAACUACCAUAACUAUUUGAUUCGGUCAUAAAAAGUUUAUGGAGAUCCUCUAAAUGGCGCAAAAAGAGACAUAGAGGUCCGCCUCGUCAAAAUCUAAACAGUGAAUUGGUUAACCUAACCUAACCAUGCAACGUCAAAAGUACGAUAAUCCAUUUAUAGGCAUUUUAAAUUGCAUGGCUGAAAAAUUAGCCCUCGAGUUAAUUAUUAAUUUCUAAUUUUGAAUUGUAUUCCUAGUUUUUCCAGUUAAGAGACCGGGCCCCACUGGUAAUUUUUCAUCUCAUAUUUUCCCCUUAUUAUCAAGUUGCGCCAAUGAACCAGCAAUCCACAUUUAGUCCACA